AUGAAUCCAGAUAACCUAGCGCUGCUGGCCAGCACAUUGAAGACUAUGCAGCGCGCGGCUUGUGACAACGAAACGGUCUCGUUAGCCUGUCCAAAGGGAACCUUAAUAAGCAUCCAAGUGGCUCAAUAUGGCAAGGCCGCCCCUAAAGGUUAUAGUUGCGUGGUCGAGGGCUCAAACUCCCGUGAAGAAGCGGUUGAAAUUGUCGGUGAGGAGAAAUGUUUGUGGCCUAAUGCUAUGCAGUAUUCGCUUCUAAAAACUGUUGUGGAAGCAUGUCGAAAGAAGCCUCAAUGUAAAUUCAGCACGAAGUCGAGUUCUGGCUCAGUGGACCCUUGCCCACUGUCAAGAAAAUUUGUCGAAGUAGCAUACAAAUGUCGCCCAUAUGAGUUCAGAAGUCGAACUGGAUGUGAAAACGAUAUAAUAAAACUCAGCUGCAGUCCACAUUCUAGAAUAGCAAUUUUCAACGCACAGUACGGGCGGACAGCUUAUGAGUCAAAUACAUGUCCCCAAACCGUGGGAGUUGCUAACGAGACAUGUACAGCUUCGUUUUCAGCUGAAACAGUUAUGCAGAUAUGUCAUGGUAAACGUCGAUGCCAAAUAGUUGUUAAUCAUAACACAUUUGGCACUCCGUGUAAGGCCGAUUCGAAAACUUAUCUCAAGAUUAUUUAUGGAUGUGUGCCUUUGGGAGUCCUCAUGGAAAAAUAUGAGAGUGUUGCAGAAAAAGAUGAACUUACGACUUUCCGUUCCGAAUCAAAGCUUAGUGACACUCUUUUUGAUGAUAACGACGCAGCAGGAGCAAAAUGGGUAGAGUCAAAUGCAGCUCCCCCAUUUACUAACCCAGCGUCACCGCGUGGAGUACGGUGUUUAAUUGUGAAGCGAACAAAAAAAAGUAAGAAAACCAGUGAUAUGUUCACCACUGAAACUCCGAACAUAUUCGGCGAUGGCCUCUCUGAUAUUGACAAUGAUGUGGACCGGGACGUACGUUCUGAA